GUGAACGCAUAGACUGUAUAGCAUUUUUUUAUUCUGCAAACAUGGAUCAUUUAGCGACGUUAUUCUUUUGCAUUCACAAUAUCAGUGCUGCAAGUUCAAUAUGCGACGUUCAUUUUCAGCAUGUAAACUCUGCCAAACGCUCUACCCACAAUGCAAAGCAAUGCUAGCUGGUCCCUAGCCUGUCUGCGAGAAAAAACAACAACAGGCUACUUUGCAAAGAAGGCAGCUGCAUGGAUAGCGACAACAACGACGACCAGGAUUUGACGCAUGCAGAGAUAAUUUCUCAAACCAAAAAGCAUCUUAGCCUUAUAAUGUGAGUACUGCAGCGUUUUAACGUUCUUCACCAGCUCCAGUGACAUUAAUCCGCUCCUUUAAGGGGGGAACUGUGUGCAGGCUAGCAGGCUAAGUGGCUAGCUCUCUGCGUCUCUAUGUGUGCGAGUCUUCCGGCAGCAGCGGUGCCAUGAACAGUGGACUCCCAGCUUCAGCUGCUCCGCUAGGGGUUGCCGGGAUACCCAAUGUCAAGGUGAAGUUUUGCCGAUAUUACGCAAAAGACAAAACCUGCUUUUAUGGAGAAGAGUGUCAGUUCCUGCACGAUGAGCCGUCCAUGGGAAGCCUGCCUAUGCACGGCGGCGGGAGCCCCGUCCCGCUGUCCAUGGCCGGCGGGACGGGGUUUCCCCUCGGCGGACCCGCAGCUGCCUGCCCUGGGGGGACCGGUGUGUCCAAGAAAAGCGAAACAAUGGGGCCUGCAGGCACGUCUCUGGAGGGGCAGCUUUUAACCAUCCCAGGGAUGGAGGGUGCGUCUCUGAACGAUGCCAAUCUCACCAACUCUUACUUCAGCAGCAGCUUUAUCGGGGUCAAUGGGUUUGGGAGCCCAGCAGAGACUAAAUACUCAAUGAUGCAGCGAAUGACUACCAGCAGCAGCUCUCCUAGUCUCCUCAACGAUGGUGCCAAGAACUUCAGCCACAGCACUCAUGAUCCGGUGAACUCCCCGACAUCCUCACUGUUCAGUGAUUUUGGUGCUCUUAGCAUUUCCCAAAGGAGAAAGGCUCCUAACCCAGCAGCAAGUGAGUUCAUCCCUAAGGGAGCUCCACGAAUGGCCCCCAUGGCUCAGGCCCCCAUGGCUCAGGCCCCCAUGGCUCAAGCCCCCAUGGCUCAGGCCCCCAUGGCCCAGUCCUCUGUCCCGGCCUUCCCCUCUCCUCUCUUCCCACAUCCUGGCCUCAGCAGCUCCACAGCUGCUGCACUGGCUCCAGGCAUGUCUCUGUCUGCGGGGUCGUCUCCUCUUCACUCCCCAAAAAUUACACCGCACACCUCACCUGCUCCUCGCCGGCGCAGUCACACCCCAAACCCUGCCAACUACAUGGUGCCCACCAGUGCAGCUGACCAGGGCCCUCACAUGAUCCAGAAAGAGACUGUAGGGGGGACGACCUACUUCUACACAGAUAACACCCCCGCGCCAAUGUCUGGGAUGGUGUUUCCUACCUAUCAUAUCUAUCCCCCCACUGCGCCCAAUGUGGCUUACAUGCAGCCGAAAGCCAACGCCCCGUCCUUCUUCAUGGCUGAUGAACUCCGACAGGAGUUGAUAAACAGACAUCUAAUAACCAUGGCCCAGAUUGACCACUCGGAGAACCCAGAUGUGCCGUCUGAGGUGGACAGCUACCACAGCCUCUUCCCCCUCGAGGCCCUCCCCCCACCCAACCGCAUGCAGAAGACCAGCAACUUCAGCUACAUCACCUCCUGCUACAAGGCCGUCAACAGCAAGGAUGACCUGCCUUACUGCCUGAGGAGGAUACACGGUUUCCGCCUUGUUAACACCAAGUGUAUGAUGCUGGUGGACAUGUGGAAGAAGAUUCAGCACUCGAACUCUGUUACACUGCGGGAGGUCUUCACCACAAAGGCCUUCGGAGACCACUCUUUAGUGUUCUCCUAUGACUUCCAUGCGGGUGCAGAGACCAUGUUCAGCAGACACUUCAAUGACCCAGCAGCAGACUCGUUCUUCACCAAGAGGAAGUGGGGACAACAUGAGCCUCCUCCGCCUCGGCAGCACGCAGGUCUGCUCCCCGAGUCUCUGAUCUGGGCCUACAUCGUCCAGCUGAGCUCGGCCCUGCGCACCGUCCACACCGCCGGCCUGGCCUGCCGCGUCAUGGACCCCAGCAAGAUUCUCAUUACUGGCAAGACCAGGUUACGGGUGAACUGUGUCGGGGUGUUUGAUGUCUUAACCUUUGACAGCAGUCAGACCAAUCAUCUUGCCCUAAUGCCACAGUACCAGCAAGCAGACCUAGUGUCACUGGGCAAGGUGGUGCUGGCGCUGGCAUGCAACUCCCUGGCCGGCAUUCAGAGGGAGAACCUGCAGAAGGCCAUGGAGCUGGUGUCCAUCAACUACUCUUCAGACCUCAAGAACCUGAUCCUGUAUCUGCUGACUGAACAGUCUCGCCCGCGCAGCGUCAAUGACAUAAUGCCAAUGAUUGGAGCUCGGUUCUACACACAACUGGAUGCAUCGCAGAUGAGGAAUGAUGUCAUUGAGGAGGAUCUGGCUAAGGAGGUGCAGAACGGCCGUCUCUUCCGCCUGUUGGCCAAACUGGGAACCAUCAACGAGCGACCAGAGUUCCAGAAGGACCCAACGUGGUCGGAGACGGGUGAUCGCUACCUGUUGAAGCUUUUCCGGGACCACCUGUUCCACCAGGUGACCGAAGCGGGGACGCCCUGGAUCGACCUCAGCCACAUCGUCGCCUGCCUCAACAAGCUGGACGCGGGUGUUCCUGAGAAGAUGAGCCUGGUGUCCCGGGACGAGAAGAGCGUGCUGGUGGUGACGUACUCGGACCUGAAGCGCUGCUUCGACAGCACCUUCCAGGAGCUGCAGGCGGCGGCCUCCGGCUCCCUGUAGCGCCCCCUGUGGGCCCGGGGGGGGGACUGCCCGUACCUGGAGCACAUUAUUGCACUACAGCGGAGGACCAGGCUCGUGGAGAUGACAUCAGCAUGGCCAAGGCAGCGGGGCGGGGCUUCGUGAACCUCAGUCACAUACACUGACCGUGUCCACCAGGAAGGCUUUUUCUAAAGUGUAUUUUUUUUAGUUUUCCUAAACCCCGCAGCUGAAAAACGUAAAUCAAAAGGACAAAAAAAACAAAACGAAAAAGGACAAAUACGGAAGCUGUGACGAACAAGUAUGAUGACAUUUUUUUAGAUUUGGGGAACACGACAAGAAACAAACCAUGAGGUUUUGAACAUUUUUCCGGCUUUUAUUGUUUAUUUCUACAGUUGGGGUUUAUUUUGUCUGAGGAGGAUGCACUAAGAUUUUAAUUUUUUUUUUUUUAUGGAUAUGUGUGAGUGGCCUGCAGGGUUUAAAGAGAGCUAACGUCACACACGGACAUGAACACCAGAGCAGACUAAGAAUUUAAACAAAAAACAAAAAUAAAUCCAGCCUUCUAUUGACCGACGGGACAUACCACUCGAGGCUUUCACGGGGGUGGGAUGGCUCCUGUUUCAUGAAAUGGGCCAGCCCACCUUUGCCUUGGUUUUGGUUCCCCCACACAAAGGACAAACCACUUGGGUGGGUGGGCUCUUCAAACUGGAACAAUCGAUGGAUUUCUGACAUUUUCAUUCAGGAAAUAGUGGAACAUCAGGCUCAUAUGUGUGGGCACGGACUGGGGUUUGAAAGGUUGAAACUUUUUCUUUUGGCAUUGGGGAAGGAGUGUCUUCUCCCUUUGCCGCCUACCAUGAUUUUGUUACAUAUGCAGCAUCCGCCUUUGGUUAAUGGCCGCUAUCGUGACAUGAACUGCUCAAGGGUGGGUGGUUUUGGUUCAGCUGUCCAGCACCUGGUUGUAGCCCUUCUGUUGAGGUGGAGCCACAGCUGCCUCUUUGUGGAAUGUCAUUCUUUUGUCCCCCCAUAUGUCCCCUUUCUCUCUCUUUCUCUCCCCUCUUCUUCAUGCUUUUAUCCCUUUCUUCACUUGGCCCCUCCACAUUUGAAAAGUGACACUUUUUGUGAUUUUUCUAGCUGUGUUUUUCUCAGAUAUUGUGCAGGAAUGCAUGAUAGGAGCUGGGACGACAAUUAGUUGUUUUUGCCUCAAUUAAAAGUUAUUAUUCUGUGGACCAAUUCCAGCAGGGGUUUUAGGGGAAGGGCGAAGGGGAGAACAGGGCACCAACAGUUUUUUAUGUUUGACUUUUAAAGAUCAUGGAAUAUAAAUAUGCUGGAGACGAAGCAGUGGUCUCUCACUCGGGUGGCUUGGAUUUCUCUCAGGAUGACAAACAGCUGGAGGGGCCCAAUGAUUGAAUGUGUUUGGCUGUCAUUGGCGACCCCCUGUCCAGUCAGAUAGAUUCGCUAAGGUGGAGCAGGUGGAGCAUCUCCAGGCGGAGGGUUAAGGAAGUUACUGGCACUGUGCAGAUCAUGCUGUGAGGGGUUUCAUGUUGCCCUUAAGUACGGUUCAUACUCCUUUUUGAUGAUUUGAAUCUCUUUGAAUCAAAGUCACUUAAUGAAUAUUGUGCAAACCUGCUUCACCCUGAUAAAGAGAUCAAUCCAAGCGCUGUCGAACCACUGUUUUUGAUUUCUCUGCCUUAGAUUGGUUCUCAGUAGCUUUUGACGGGUGUGUACAACUUAAGACUGUAGAAAAACAGGGUCUCAUGUACUGUAUGAAGCACACUGUCGGAUAAGAGACAAAUCAAGGAGGCUAAUGUAAACGAGAACAGUGUCUUGUCAAAGCUGUCGUGAAAGUUGAUAUUCUGUACUUGGGGGUAACACACCUGCAGCAAGCUGGAAACAUCAUGUACUACUUCCUCUGUUUUAGUGAAAUGAACCGACAAACUUACUUGGUGAAUGUGGUGCUAUAGAAAACCCUCAAUACACAAACACACACACACACACCAACUUGGUCUCCACAUUGUCAGUGCUCAUAUCACUAUCUUCCACAUCAGAACACACACACACACUCCAGUAUAUGUUAGUGACAAACUUCUCCUCCCCCACAUAAACAAAACUACAACAAUCACCAUCUUAGUAUGUUUGAUGCCCCUCUUGUGUUCUCUUGUCUCAAAUUUUGCAAUAUUUGUGUGUACAGCAGUAUUUUAAUAAAGAAUACCAAAACGAAA